UCAAUUAAAGAAAGCUGAAGAUUAAACAUCUCAUCAUUUCCACCGGUUUCCCAUUACAUGGCGAUCCUGCCAUACUAGUAAAACAUCAGUGUUGAAUAAUUCUGACCAAUAUUCGUAAAGUGUUUAGUCGGAUGAAUAAAGGGAUGGCAAAGUGAAAAAUUCGAAGAACUUAAAAUGGGAAGUUCAAAUUCCAAGGACACCACCCAGACGGUAAAAGAAAAUGGAGCGAUCAAUUCGAACUUCAUUGUACAAGAGAGCAUAUAAAAUGCACAAAAAAAAUUUGGUGAGGAGGUUCAGGCGAGAGGCUACUGCAUCAAGGGCGUCUGUGGCAGCAAUCUAGUGAUAGGAGGCAGCGACGAAAACAUUCCGUGAGUGAAGUUAAAGUGCUGUUGUGUGCGUGGAACAAAGGGUGAGCUCGUUUUGACUAGUUAUGAUGACAAUUGCGGUUUAUUUUUAAUUAACAGUUGAUAGAAAUUUUAUGCAGGCUCAAAAAAGAGAAGCUGUAUUAGGCAACCUUUCAAUAAUAAUAACUGAAUUGAAAAAACAAUCUAAAAGAAUACUAAAGAAAAAUGUUCCAAAGAGCAAUUCAAUUAGAAUUGAAGUUCGAGAUAAUUUGGUAGCUCUCUUCAACGAGUUUACAAAAAGCGUAGCUAGUUCUUGGCAAUAUUUAGAUAAUACAGAUAGGCAAUCAAUAAAAACUGAUUUUCACUAUAUCCGAGACAAGGUUAUUCGUUCUUUUCAAACUUUAGGUGUUAAAUAUCAGGUUCCAGUGUCUUGUGUAGAACAAAUCAAUAUAUUAUCGUUAGAAGAGGAGUCCCAAGACGAAGACGAAAAAAUCAUGGCGAUGACUACAACAGAAUUUUUCAAUUUGGCAAGCAAAAUCAUUCCAAAUCAGUUCGACGGAAAUGUUGAUAAUUUGAGAUCCUUUUUAGAUUCGUUAGAACUCCUUCAGGAGAAUAGCGCGGAUCACCAGGAUAGAGCCGUGUCUUUUGUAAAAACUAGACUAGUCGGAAAGGCGCGUAAUUUAAUUUCUGACGGAGAUGAUCUAAAUGAUAUUGCGAGGAAGUUGAAACAUGCCUUAAAAGGUGAAAGUUCGAACCUUCUAACAGCCAAAUUAUUGAAUUUAAGGCAAAACCAUAAGGACACUUCCACUUAUGCAGCAGAGAUUGAGCAGUUGGCUCAGAAAUUACAAAAUGCUUUCAUAAGUGAGGGUGUUCCUAAUGAAGUAGCCGAAAAAUAUGCAGUUCAAACUACUUCCAGGGCACUUAGUCAAAAUUCAAAUACCGAAAGAGCUCGUGUAGUGAUAGAAGCUGGCAAUUUCAGCUCUGUCCAGGAAAUCAUGACAAAAUUUUUAAACGUUAACACUCAACCGUCGCCUGCAAACAACGUAUUCUUUAUGAAUAACAAUAGUAAUUCACGCAACAGAUAUCCGUUCAAUAAUAACCGGCGUGGUUCAGGGAAAAAUUUUCAAAAUUCAUACCGUGGUUUCAGAAAUUCACACAAUUUCAAUGCCGGGAGAGGUCAAUAUCGAUUCGCUGGAAAUAGGUAUGACAAUAAUAGUAGACCUAGUGGCAGAGGUAACGGACAAACCAAUGCCAAUGUCAGAUUUUUGGAAUUGUCAAACCAGGGAAACCAAUCGGACCCCCAACCGGUUCGAUUGGGGGAGACAGAGCAAUAA